AAAGAAUGAAUAAUUGUUGAAGCUAACUAAAAACAAUUGCAGUACUACAAGUUACAUGACAAAUACCACAGUGUAGGUUUUAAUUGUUUGUUUCACACCUGAUUGUACAAUGGAGAAAACUUUUUGUAUCGUUUAUGUUUGCUUAACGCUUUGUGCAAAAAUGAGCCAACAAAUCAUUCAUGAUGAUGAAAUGGUUCCAGACUAUACAAAUGAUCAUGUUUUAGGAUUAGAUCCAAACUUUAAUGAAACAGAUGAGGGAAUUAUUGACGAUUCAUCAUUAGAGGCAAACUUUACAUAUUACAACAGCUUGCUGAAUGAAACAUGGCUCAACCUAGCUAGUGUAAUGGAUCUCUUCACUCAAAGAGAGUAUGACAACUCGUCCGCUGUUCAAGCGUUGACUGCAGCUUUCCGCUACACUCUCAAGCAGCAGAAGAAACUAAAGAACCCACCAGCCUACCUCAAGAAACCUUUUAUAACGAUUGAGGGGAUGGAUGUUGAUAAAAGAAACAUGCUAGCAGGUCGACUAGCGCAACAUAUCAAUGGCCAUGUUGUCCCUAAUCCUCCUGAUACCUUUGAGGUUGUCCUGAAACAUCUACCGGACAACUCGACCACUUUGAUCAACGGCUAUUACGUCCUGAAUACUUAUAUUGCCGCCCUACACGCCAGAUAUGCCAUACAGACUGCCCCUGCUGUAAUACCUGGCUAUUGGUUGGGAAGGUCUGCCUUAACAGUAGCUACACAUUUUGUUGACAAACCUCCCCCAUUCAAAUCCAAGUUCUGGGAAUGGCCAAGAGACCUCGUGAAGCCAGAUGUCAUUUUCUAUAUAACAGAUCGGCAGUUCAUGAAGCAGUAUGAAGAUAGAAAGCUGGUGCGAAGAUACCUUCAUAUUUUCGACAACUGGGCUGAUCCUAAGUGCAUUCCUUUGGUGAAUUGUGAGUCGAUUGAUUCCAUGAUAGAAGAGAUAGAGCCUUAUCUUCAGGAACUACUUGUUAAUAGACUAACAAUGUAAUCAGCUGUUCUAAGCUCCAGUGAUAACAGAAAAUAACAGAUGAAAAUGUGUAUUGAAAUUGUAAAUAAAAUGUAUAUCUGUAAUUUGUAAAUAGACCUAUUUUUAAUUAAAAUAUU